AAUCAUGAAAGUAGUUAAAGAGUUAUAAAGCUGAGAUCUUUAUAUGUAUAUAUAGAUGGCUAGUCAUCAUCGAGAAAGUAUUCGCGAAGAGAUUAAACCAAGAUCAUCAUCAAUGGUUACUAGUACUGGUUAUUGGUUUUCAUCAGAUACAAAUAAUCCUAAUCCAACACCACAUAAUAUGGUGAAUCAUCAGUUGCAAAAUUUUGAAACAAAUCCAGAGAUGUACAAUUUGAGUAGUACUACUUCUAGUAUGGAUCAAAUGAUAGGGUUUCCACCAAACAACAAUAAUCCUCAUCAUGUGUUGUGGAAAGGUAAUUUUCUUAACAAGAUCAAUGGUGUUGAUGAUGAUGAUCAUGGUCCUUCGUCUUCUAAGAACAUUAGUGAACAAUUUUACCAACAUGGUAGUCAUGAAAAUAUGUUGACAACAACAACUACUCAUCAUGAUGAUCAUCAAGGCUCGUGGCAUCACGAUAAUAACAGAACAUUACUUGUUGAUGAUCCAUCUAUGAGAUGUGUUUUCCCUUGUGAAGGAAAUGAAAGGCCAAGUCAAGGACUUUCAUUAUCUCUUUGUUCCUCAAAUCCAUCAAGUAUUGGUUUACAAUCUUUUGAACUUAGACAUCAAGAUUUGCAACAAGGACUAAUACAUGAUGGAUUUUUGGGUAAAUCUACAAAUAUACAACAAGGGUAUUUUCAUCAUCAUCAUCAAGUUAGGGACUCGAAAUAUUUAGGUCCGGCUCAAGAGUUGCUCAGUGAGUUCUGUAGUCUCGGAAUAAAGAAGAAUAAUGAUCAUUCUUCUUCAAAAGUACUUCUAAAGCAACAUGAGAGUACUGCUAGUACUUCAAAAAAGCAACUUUUACAGUCUCUUGACCUUUUGGAACUUCAAAAAAGAAAGACAAAAUUGCUUCAAAUGCUUGAAGAGGUGGAUAGAAGGUACAAGCAUUAUUGUGAUCAAAUGAAGGCUGUUGUAUCAUCAUUUGAAGCAGUGGCUGGAAAUGGAGCAGCAACAGUUUACUCAGCCUUAGCAUCAAGGGCUAUGUCAAGGCAUUUUAGAUGUUUAAGAGAUGGAAUUGUGGCACAAAUUAAGGCCACAAAAAUGGCUAUGGGAGAAAAAGACAGUACUAGUACUCUUAUUCCUGGUUCAACAAGAGGUGAAACACCAAGACUCAGACUUCUUGAUCAAACUUUAAGGCAACAAAAGGCUUUCCAACAGAUGAAUAUGAUGGAGACUCAUCCAUGGAGACCGCAACGCGGUCUCCCAGAAAGAUCAGUCUCCGUUCUCCGUGCUUGGCUCUUUGAACACUUUCUUCACCCGUACCCAAGUGAUGUUGAUAAACACAUUUUAGCUCGCCAAACUGGUCUUUCAAGAAGCCAGGUGUCUAAUUGGUUCAUUAAUGCAAGGGUAAGGCUAUGGAAGCCAAUGGUGGAAGAAAUGUACAUAGAAGAAACAAAAGAAGAAGAAGAAGAAAAUGUUGGAUCUCCAGAUGGAUCAAAAGCCCUAAUUGAUGACAUGACAAUUCAUCAAUCACACAUUGAUCAUCAUCAAGAUCAAAAGCCAAAUCUUGUAAGAAUUGACUCUGAAUGCAUAUCUUCCAUCAUAAAUCAUCAACCUCAUGAGAAAAAUGAUCAAAACUAUGGAGUAAUUAGAGGUGGAGAUCAAUCGUUUGGCGCGAUUGAGCUAGAUUUUUCAACAAAUAUUGCUUAUGGUACUAGUGGUGGUGAUCAUCAUCAUCAUGGAGGGGGUGUUUCUUUAACAUUGGGAUUACAACAACAUGGUGGAAGUGGUGGAUCAUCAAUGGGGUUAACUACAUUUUCAUCACAACCAUCUCAUAAUCAAAGUUCACUUUUUUAUCCAAGAGAUGAUGAUCAAGUUCAAUAUUCAUCACUUUUGGAUAGUGAAAAUCAGAAUUUGCCAUAUAGAAACUUGAUGGGGGCACAACUUCUUCAUGAUUUGGCUGGUUAAAAAAAGAGAUUCUUCAUUUUGGACCUUAUUAUAUACUCUAAUUUUAAUAUAUAUUGGUGAUGAAUGAUGA